AUGGCUCAUGCACAGGAUGAUCCCCAACUAGGCGCUGGCCCGUCCGAGGAUUCUGAACUCUCUGAGAAUGAGUCCGAAACGGCGAGCUUGGUGUCGGAGGACUCUAUCAUGCCAGACUAUGAGAUGGAGCGGGGUAGAGGAGGCACCACCUCUACGCUGUACGGGGCAUGUAACAGGAACGAGGCGCUGAUGCUACGGAGGGUCCUGGAGAGGGGGGUUACUAAGGAAGAGGUUAUGGAGCUGGACAUCAAUGGCAUGAAUGGUCUGAUGCUUGCUGUCUCCAGAGGCUAUGUGGACAUGGUCUACGGUCUACACACGUGUCCACUGAUCGACAUUAACCAUCAGGACAAUGAUGGCAACACAGCACUGAUGAUCGCUGCCCAGGCCGGCUACAUCUCCAUUCUAAACUUCAUCCUGAACUACUACCCUAAGAUAGACCUGGAGGUGAGGGACAUCCGGGGCUUCACUGCCCUCCUCAAGGCAGCCAUGCAAGGCAGGGUAGACUGUGUGUCUUCCCUCCUCAUGGCCGGUGCAGAUAUCAAUGUAGUGGAUGAGGUCCGAGGGAAAAGCAUCACGGACUGGGCCCUGAAGACGGGUCGCUUCGAGGUCCUGCAGCGUCUCCGUGUUCUCCAGGCGCACCCCAUCGCCGAGCAGUUCUGCGACAGCUACGUGAUUGAGUGGCCCGAGCUGAAGGAGCUGUGUGUCUCUGUGACAAUAAAUCUGAAUCAAACUGUAUUGCAAUGCAACAAAUGUUACAAGGUGUUCUACAUAGAAGUAAUCUUCUAUCUUCUGUCUUCUUCUAAAGCCAUGAUCCCCAAAACACUGACUCAACGUCUGAAGGACAGCCUGACCAUUAGCUUACCCAAGGACCCUCAGGACAACGGAGUGAUGGACCACCUGGUGAAGAUAACCACAUCCAUCCACAGCCCUCUAGUCUCCACUGGCUGCCGGCCCCUCUGCCCCACAAGCCCCCCAGAGCUCGGGAAGCGGCGCCUGGCCGUGCCGGAGCUGAUGGAGAAGCACAGCAGCAAGGACCUGGAGGAAAGCUCUGUGUGUCAUAGUAACGGUGUGAAAUGUUCAUUCACGCCUGCACAAGCGUCGUCGAGCUCCUUCUCACUCGCCAACUGCUGCUCGAACGCGGAGCGGAGGGAUAGAGUUCUCUCAAUGGCUGCCAGCGGCAUCCGGAACUUCAUCCCUUGUUCCAUGGCCCACCGGAACUCUGUAUUCCCAUCUGGUUGCAUCCCCAAGAUCACCUUCACCAAGUCUCAGGACAAAACACCCAAGAAGGCGAAGAAGGCGAAGAGGCACAAGGGCCACCUGGAGCCUCCGGUCUGGAAGUACAAGUCGGCGAAGCAGGAGAAGAAAAAGGAAAAGGAAAAGUUGGAGGAAGAGAAGCGAGCGCAAGAGAAGGCACUUAAGAAAGCUAAGAAGAAGGCAGCCAAGGUGGCGGCCAAGUGAAAGGAGCCUGCCAAGGCAAGUUAAACUGCUGUCUGUAAAGUGCCACAGAGUGGGAGCACAGAACCCUGGGAAAAUAGAGCGACCUCUGUGCUGUCAUCAGACAGAAGAGGAAGCGAGACACCCCACUCGCAGUUUUGUUUAUUGAUUGAAUGAAAGUCAAUGAACUAAGUAGACCAGACCCAGCUGCUAUUGCAUUGGUGUCUAUGGGAGACCCACCCCUGUUAAGUAGACAAUUUUUUUCAAUGAUAAACAGCCUGAGAGAACUAUCUUGAUUUAUCCACCAUCUUUGCUGUCAUCUCCUACUAACUCCAUUGUAUCCACUGUGAUGAUGUCAUAAGACGGACAAGGGGACGGCUCCCCUGUGGUGGCACCUGCCUGGGGUCAUCAUGGAGGCCCAGUUGCAGCCCUACAGUGGGGCCUCCAAUAACAUGGGUGGAAACUAGCAUCUGAGCCGGACUAAGUCUAAUGGAUGGACUGUUGUUUUCCUCUCUGCUGAAAUGUGCUGCUGUAAGGACUGCAAUGGCCUGGACAUUCCUAGACAUUAUUAUUCAUGUACUUUCAUGUGGAAUUCUCUUUUUCUGUUUUAAAUUAUUUUGUUGAUUUAUUUAUUUUUGAGAGUUCAGUCGUUAAAAAGAUCAGUAGAGUUUGUUUGGUCUUCCAUGUUCUUAACUAACCAAUCGAAACUGUGAAGGAACCAGAGCCAUAGCAAAGAAAUCUAAUUUCUGAUAAGCAAGGUACUUCCUGAAAAAGAAACAGGACAUUAACAUGAGUUAGGCAAAUGAUGAGGGAGGAUUAUGAACAAGGUUUCAGAGUUGCCUGUUUGAUAAACCUCAUGGUCAGAUAUAGCACAACCAGACCUGGGUUCAAAUACAAUUUAAUAGCAUUUCAAAUGUUUCAGCUGUGCUUGAGAGAGCUUGCCUGUUGAUAUGGAAACAAUAGAAAAGUCCCAAAAGUGCAAACCACACCCACCUGGCACUCCAGGCAAGCUAAAGCAAACGCUGAAUGUUUUUGUAACAUUUUGAAUAGUAUUUGAACCCAGGUCUGACCACAACGCACAUCUGAGUUCCAAUCUGCUCUAUGCUUUGUUUUCCUAUGUACUCCAAUUAGCUGUCUUCCAAAAGAAGUAGAUUUGACACUGUUACCGGUGAGAGGACUUUUGACUUUUAUCAAGAGUAGUAAUAUAAUAUCAGGGAUCCCCUCAGUUUUGAUGAGGCUCAGGUACUUAAAGAUCAACCUGAGUGGCUUAUUAUUACGGUGCACCAACCUGCUCAGUUAGAAGAAAUUGUUUGUUGAUCCGGUUCACAUGUUGUGAUGGAGCUGAAAUUUGAAGUAUGUUAUUCAGUAGGAAUCAACUUCUGUCCUAAUAUUAUGUGAUGGUUAUUUUUAAAUAACACCAUCAUCCUCGUCAAAGAUCCAGAAAAUCGUAUGUGUAGUGGCUAUUGCCAGUCAAAAACCAUUGAUGCGUCAGAUACGGCUCCUACAAUAUGAAAAGAUACGAUAGGCCUAAUGAAUACUCUAUUACAAAACCAAACAUUAAAACGUUUAAAAACACAACAUCCAUGUGACUUAGUGAUGAUCCUUCUUCCCACUAUAUCCGAUAGAUUUAGCAGCUUUGGCUAUAGGCUAAGCUGGGUUAGUGUGUGAGCUUGUUAACUGGUGCUAUUAUAGUCCCAGUCAGAUCAGACAAUAACCAUGUAGCCUAACCAUAGAUACGUCUGUAACCAUGGGGCGUAACCAUACAACCUAACCAUAGAUAUGUCUGUAACCAUAGGGUGUAAACAUACAGCCUAACCAUAGAUACAGCUGUAACCAUGGGGUGUAAACAUACAGCCUAACCAUAGAUACAGCUGUAACCAUGGGGUGUAAACACACAGCCUAACUAUACAAUACUUUCAGAAAGUAUUCACACCCCUUGAAUUUUUUCAA